UAUCUGCCUGAAUAAAUUAAUAUCUGCUUGAAUAUCCGGUUCGGUGAGAAGUGUUAUGGUCCUGCAGGGGCUGGUGCUGGGAUGCUGGCGAGGUGAUGGACGCUGGGCAAGGGGGACUUGCUCCCAGUUCAGAGGCUCAUGUUUUCUUGGUAAAGGGACAUCUCCAGUGUGGACAGAAGGCUUCGGGAAUCCCCAACUGGCAAAACUGGUGCUUCGCCGCUUAUCAUAAACCUGCACAACGUACAGGUGGUGUUGUCACUUCACCCGGACCCCAUGAGGAACUGCAUCCCUCCCCUAGAGCAUUCACCCUUAAAGCCCUGCAGCUCCUCCAGCCCGGGUUUCUGCCAAGUGAUGAACGCGGCACAGGUGAGGGCGGUCACCGGCACCCGCCUCGCCCGUGCCCCACAGGAAUCGUCUGGCCUGUCCCGGGCGUUGCUUCUCACCUCCACGUCUUCACCCACCGCUGGGAGAGAUGGUUGUAUCAAAGCUGUGGGCCCGGCAGAUGUUAUUCGCAGUCAGUUUUCAGGAGCAACAUUUGAAAGAAUAAUUGACUGCUCUGGGAAGUGUGUGUUACCAGGCCUGGUAGAUGCACAUACACAUCCAGUGUGGGCUGGUGAUAGGGUUCAUGAGUUUGCAAUGAAGCUGGCAGGUGCAUCCUAUAUGGAGAUCCACCAAGCUGGGGGAGGAAUACAUUUUACUGUGGAACACACUCGGAACGCCACAGAAGAAGAGCUGUUCAAUACUUUCAAACACCGACUCGAACGCAUGUGCAGAGCAGGAUCUACGUUGGUUGAGUGCAAGAGUGGAUAUGGCUUAAACUUAGAAACAGAGCUUAAAAUGCUCAGGGUGAUCGAACGUGCUAAGAAAUCCAUGGAUAUUGGCAUUUCUUCAACGUAUUGUGGAGCUCAUUCUGUGCCAAAAGGGAAAACUGCUACUGAAGCCACAGAUGACAUUAUCAAUAACCAUCUACCUAAACUGAAAGAACUCAAACUAAGUGGUGAAAUACAUGUUAACAAUAUAGAUGUGUUCUGUGAGAAGGGGGUCUUUGAUCUGGAGUCUACUAGGAGAAUUCUUCAAGCUGGAAAAGAUAUAGGGUUACAGAUUAACUUCCAUGGUGAUGAACUCCAUCCGAUGAAAUCUGCUGAGCUUGGAGCUGAACUAGGAGCCCGGGCUAUCAGCCACCUGGAAGAAGUUAGUGAUGAAGGUAUCGCAGCGAUGGCAAGGGCUAAGUGUGCUGCUGUCCUUUUACCAACAACUGCCUACAUGCUACGACUGAAGCAACCUCAAGCUAGAAAAAUGUUAGAAGAAGGAGUUAUAGUUGCUCUUGGCAGUGACUUUAAUCCUAAUGCAUACUGUUUUUCAAUGCCUAUGGUGAUGCAUCUGGCCUGUGUAAACAUGAGGAUGUCGAUGAACGAAGCACUAGCAGCUGCCACCAUUAAUGCGGCUUACGCGCUGGGAAAAUCGGACACGCAUGGCUCCAUAGAGACUGGCAAGCAGGGGGAUCUCGUUAUCAUAAACUCAUCAAGGUGGGAGCACUUGAUUUACCAGUUUGGGGGACAUGAAACACUGAUCAACUACGUUAUAGUUAAAGGAAAAGUCAUCUAUGAAAAUGAGAGGUGUGGGACAAUGAGCAGUUACUGAGAGAAGACAGCAAUUUAGGAAGCUACUAUAAUCAAGUUAGCAUGGAGUAUUUCAAAGCAACAGAUAAAUAAGACUUGUAUUUACGGGUAAAUUGUUUGCCUGUUCACCUUACCAACCCUCUUAUUCAAAUAAACUUCACCAAGCAUUACCCA